AUGGAGCCGGACACGGAGCUCUCGGACGUGGAGGUUCCCGCGGGGCGCGUACUCAGCGCCCACGAACUGUUCGCCGCCCGCGCGCGGCCGCAGAAGCUGCCCCAGCGCUCGCAUGGCCCCAAGGACUUCCUCCCCGACGGCUCGGAGGCCCAGGCGGAGCGGCUGCGCCGGUGCCGCGAGGAGCUCUGGCAGCUGCUGGCGGAGGAGCGCGUGGAGCGCCUGGGCAGCUUGGUGACCGCCGAGUGGAGGCCGGAAGAAGGCUUCGUGGAGUUGAAGUCCCCGGCGGGUAAAUUCUGGCAGACCAUGGGCUUCUCCGAGCAGGGCCGGCAACGGCUUCACCCCGAAGAGGCCUUGUAUCUGCUGGAGUGUGGCUCUAUCCAGCUUUUCCACCAAGACCUGCCAUUGUCUGUCCAGGAGGCCUACCAGCUGCUGCUGUCUGAAGACACAGUGACUUUCCUGCAGUACCAGGUCUUCAGCCACCUGAAGAGGCUGGGCUAUGUGGUUCGACGAUUCCAGCCAAGUUCCGUCCCGUCCCCUUACGAGAGGCAGCUGAACCUGGAUGGUAGCAGCCAGCCCCUGGAGGAUCGGAAGAGGAGGAGGAGGAAGAGCUCUAGUCCUACUCCUAAGAAGCCCAAGACCCUGGAGAGCCCCCUGCAGGGGGUGAACGGGACAGCUGAGAACCAGGCAGCAGAGAGUCCUCCUCCCUGCAGCCAGGGCAGCCAAAGCCCAGCGGAGAGAGCCCCGGAGUCAAGCCCCAGGAGGGACCCAGAGCUGCUGGGGGCCCCGGAGCUCAGGCCUGACCUGACCAGGGAUGGGGUAGGGUCCAGCCUGGAGAGCAGCAACGUAGAGAACGGGGUCACAGGGCCUCGUAAGCCGCGCUGGGACUUUGAGCAGAUCUGCUUCCCCAACAUGGCUUCCGACAGCCGCCACACCCACCUGUCUGCCCCAGCCCCAGAACUGCUCCCAGCCAACGUCCUUGGGCGAGAGACAGACGCCAUGUCCUGGUGCCAGAAGCUGAACCAGCGGAAGGAGAAGCUGUCCCGGCGGGAGCAACAGGCCAGGGCCUGGAACUUGCGGGAAGACAUCAAUGCAGACCCCGAGGUGCAGCGCUGUUCCACCUGGCAGGAGUAUAAAGAGCUGCUGCAGACACGCCACCUGAGGAAGAGCCAGAGCCACCCCCCACACCUGUGGGACCAGCCUGUCACCCCCUUGCUGAACCCCGGCCAGGCGGACUCUCUAGCCACGGUCCUGGAGCAGAUCUCGGUGCUGCAGACGACACACCUGGCUGACGGAGGGGACCAGCUGCUGGAAAAGUCUGGGGGCUUGGAGAUCAGCUUCGAUGUUUACCAGGCCAACGCCGUGGCCACUUUCCGCAAGAACAACCCUGGCAAGCCCUGCGCACGGAUGUGCAUCAGCGGAUUUGACGAGCCAGUCCCAGACCUCUGCACCCUCAAGCGGUUGUCCUACCAGAGUGGGAAUGUCCCCCUCGUCUUUGCACUGGUGGACCACGGGGAUAUCUCCUUCUACAGCUUCCGGGACUUCACACUGCCCAGGGACCUGGGGCACUGA